AUGCGAAGUCACACCUUUGUACAGCUCAUUCUGGCAAUAUUUCCCUUGCUUGCCAAGUCCUCUAAAUCCCCUGCAAACUUCAUUUCAGUUGACAUUUUUGAGGAACAACCAGUUGGCUCUCAUGUGGCCGAUGUCGCUCAGGAACUAGGCCUUACCAUUGACAAGGGUUCAACAUCCGUUGCUGCAGACACAGCUUCAUAUUUUAAAAUAGUGGUCGCCAACUCCGCAAUUAAUGAAUACUUUGCUAUUUCUCCGACAAAUGGUAGGAUUUCCCUCAAAAAACAUCUUGACAGAGACACACUUUGCCAAAAUGAACGUCUCUGUUGCGAAUCAGAGGACGAUCGUGGAUCCAGCCCAAUAACGUUACCUGACGGAAGCUAUUUUCGGCGAACCGCUAUCUCAUGUAAAUUGUCGUUUCGUGUUGUUUACCGUCUCAAUGCAAAUGGAAGCGCUAUGCAUGAAAGGAGAAUGGCAUUCUGUUCAGUUGACGUCAAUAUUCACGAUCUCAACGAUUGUCCACCAAGAUUCUUGCUAAAGGACAUCUACCCCAAUUAUGGAGGUCAGUAUCGCUCACAGCCAAAUGCAAUAUCAAUAACGAUUCCGGAAAAUACUGAAAUAGAUACCUGCUUUGACCUUCCAAUGGCAUUCGAUGAGGAUUCGCCACGAUUUAGCGUCCAAGAUUACCAAUUGGAAGUUUCAGGGAAAGUAGACCAAGCUCUGGAUGGUAACAUUCAUGAUACGUUUUCAAUCAGAUUAGGGAGUUGUGAUGGAGGAUCCAGUACAAUGUAUGAAAUGACGAACGGAAUAACGAUUGCUAAUUCAAAGCCUAAGCUACAGCUUCGUCAAAAAUUAGACAGGGAAGCUAUCGAAGAAUACAACUUAAUUCUAAUAGUCAGCGACGGAAUGGAUUCUGGCAGUCCAGAGUCACUUUACACCAAGCACGCAAACCUUCUGCCCCAUUCAGCCAGCCUCUCGAUAACCGUUAUCGUGGGUGACAUCAAUGAUCACGCUCCUAAAGUCGAGGCUUCAGUGGAAGUGAGAUUGAAGGAGGAUACACCAGUGGGCACUAGAGUUACUCAGAUUGUUGCUCAUGACAAGGAUGCUGGAGACAAUGCAAAGAUACGCUAUGAAAUUCGGUCUUUAGUGCCGUCGCAGCUGUCCAGAUUUCCAUUCGCAAUUGACUCUACCACAGGAGUUGUAUCCAUAGUUAAUCCACUUGAUGCCGAUAGUUUGCCCCAGGAGGCACAUGGAUUGGUGGAAUUUUUGGUUAUCUCCUCAGACAAUGGCCAAGAUAUUGCGUUUUCUAGUACCACAACAGUAAGUGUUCAAAUUGAGGACAUAAACGACGAAGCACCCGUAAUUAAAACAGUUGAUUUGGCCAGUCGAAGCAAUCCACCAAGACCUACAGUUAGGGAGAAUCUCCCUCCCGGUACAUUAGUCGCUUUUGUUACUGUGACGGAUGCUGAUUCUGGGGUAAAUGGAAUGGUUACGUGCCGAGUUGAUAAUCCCAACUUCGAUCUGGAGUCGAUAGGCGAUAAAAACGCAAGAGAUAAGGAACUUCAACUAGUCACCAAAUUGGCACUCGAUCGUGAGCUCGCACCAGUGCAGCCGGUGACGAUAAUUUGUGUUGACCAUGCUCACCCGGUCGCAUUCGCCAAAACUGGAUUUCAGCGGGUUCUAGUAAGCGUUACAGAUGAAAACGACAAUGAUCCGAUUUUCCCGAAUGACGUUAUCGAGCUUUCAGUUUACGAGAACAAUCCACCAGGAGAACUUCUGUUCCGCCUUAACGCGACAGAUGCUGACGAAAUGGUUGCAUGGAUCUCGGGUUUAAGAACACCCUUAAUCUACGAAAUUGACUCAACUGGUAAACCAUUUUUUAGCUUGGAUCCGUCUUCGGGAAAUCUCUACACAAGGGAGUCUUUUGACAGAGAAAAGCAGGAUUUUAUAGAAUUCGGGGUAGUGGCGCGUGAUCAUGGGACUCCGCAGCGAAGCGCUAGCGCAAGGGUGGUUGUUCGCAUUCUGGAUAGAAACGAUCACGCUCCUGAAUUUGACCAAAAGGUAUACAACGUAAGCGUGCUAGAAUCAACACCUCUUGGUGAAGUUGUCUUGAGGGUGUCUGCUCACGACAAGGACCAGGGACCAAGUUCGGAGUUUUCGUACUAUCUCGAAGACCUUAGGGUAAGUUUUAAGAGUUUACUCUUUUGCAGAACUAUAUGGUACGCCAUUGACUAUUUUGUAUGCUUGACAGGGAAAGCCUUUUUGCAUUAA